UUUGGAUGUUUCUUAUGGGAUGAGAGAGUAUCAGUCUAGAUGUUCAGAUAUGCAGCAGACUGGAGAUCCCUCUUUAGGUAGAAGGGGAUCAGGGGGAGACAACCACUGGGAUAAGUUUAUUCUGGUUCAAGGAUUGAGGAAUGAUUCUGGAAAGUUUGCUGCUUCUAAAGGUGUUAAUGCAAGCAAGAAGCAUAUGUGGUGGCUCCCUAGGCAUAUUAGGCGGAUCAUUUUAGCAUUUGUGUUCAUGAGCUUUCUUUUCCUGCUGGAUUCCCUUUUGUUUUCUCUUUUGGAGUCAAUAAUCAAGAAUCAUUCGGCCCCUCACAGAUCAACAGGGCAAGAGGAGAAAAUCACUGGCAUGUUGGAGGAAAAGAGUUCAACAAACAUGUAUGAUCGCCUUCUAAAACUGGCGGCCAGUUCUGUUAAUGAGAAAGAGUUGAAGAGAGGUGAAUCAAAAUUUUGGGAAGAAUCAUACCCUCAGGCAUCAAUGUGGAAGCCUUGUGCCGACAAGAAGAGUACCAAAGUAGGUGGUUUGCUGUCUGAACUGUGGUGUAAUUGUUUAAAGUUGUCGGGGCAGGGAAAUCCAGGAACAGUUCUGGUUACAUUGUGGUCAGCGCCAAUGGAGGCCUAAAUCAGC